GCCGGGUCCAUCUCCCGGCUGCGGCCACCCCAGCGGAUUCUCCGGGACCCGGGUGCCGUUCCCAGCUGGAUCAGGCAGCCAGGGCAAAGCUCCGAGCGGUCCUGGAAGGGGAGGGGGCAAAGCGAGGCGAGCUCGGGCGAGAGAGGCAGGGAGAGCCUCCGUCUCGGCAGUAAUGAGGGAGAAGCUGUUUAGUCAUCUCUCUAUAUAUACUUUCACGAUGAUGAUCGCAUUUACUGAUUGCUGCUGACUGCGCGUAGAGAGGGAGUCAAGAGGCAGGUAGCACAGCUCACCUUUCAUCCCGAGGAGUGACUGCUCCCCCUUCCUUCCAGUUCCCCACAUUUAGCCCUACUUUUGGGCACCGGGUGUCUUUCCUUGCCAGAUGGAACUGAUCUGACUUCCAGCAGGUCUCGGGAGCAUCCUGAUUAUCCUCUCCAGUAACAAGGCCUGGGCUCAUCAUGGCAGCAGGAGUAGCAGCGUGGUUGCCCUUUGCCAGGGCGGCUGCCAUAGGAUGGAUGCCAGUGGCCAACUGCCCCAUGCCACUGGCUCCAACGGAGAAAAACAAGAGGCAGGACGAGCUGAUCAUUCUCAAUGUGAGUGGCAGGCGAUUCCAGACCUGGAGGACUACACUGGAGAGAUACCCGGACACUCUCCUGGGCAGCACCGAGAAGGAGUUCUUCUUCAACGAGGACACCAAGGAGUACUUCUUCGACCGGGACCCCGAGGUCUUCAGGUGCAUCCUAAAUUUUUAUAGAACUGGCAAGCUGCACUACCCCAGGUACGAGUGCAUCUCUGCCUACGACGAAGAGCUCGCCUUCUACGGGAUCCUCCCCGAAAUCAUCGGGGACUGCUGCUACGAAGAGUACAAGGACAGGAAGCGGGAAAACGCGGAGCGGCUGAUGGACGACAACGACUCGGAGAACAACCAGGAAGGCUCCAUGCCGUCCCUGAGCUUCCGGCAGACCAUGUGGCGAGCCUUCGAGAACCCCCACACCAGCACCUUAGCCUUAGUCUUUUACUACGUCACCGGUUUCUUUAUCGCCGUCUCUGUGAUCACCAACGUGGUGGAAACUGUGCCCUGCGGCACCGUGCCCGGGAACAAGGAGCUGCCGUGCGGGGAGAGGUACGCCGUGGCUUUCUUCUGCCUGGACACGGCCUGCGUGAUGAUCUUCACCGUCGAGUACCUGUUGAGGCUCUUCGCGGCCCCGAGUCGCUACAGGUUCAUCCGAAGCGUGAUGAGCAUCAUCGACGUGGUGGCCAUCAUGCCCUACUACAUCGGCCUGGUGAUGACCAACAACGAGGACGUCAGCGGGGCCUUCGUCACGCUAAGGGUUUUUAGGGUUUUCAGGAUUUUCAAGUUCUCCCGCCAUUCCCAAGGCCUGAGAAUCUUGGGCUACACCUUGAAGAGCUGUGCCUCCGAGCUUGGCUUUCUCCUCUUUUCCCUCACUAUGGCAAUCAUCAUCUUUGCAACUGUGAUGUUUUACGCGGAGAAAGGGUCCUCGGCGAGCAAAUUCACCAGUAUUCCUGCUUCCUUUUGGUACACUAUUGUAACCAUGACAACACUGGGUUAUGGUGACAUGGUGCCCAAGACAAUCGCUGGGAAGAUCUUUGGCUCCAUCUGCUCCCUGAGUGGGGUGCUGGUCAUUGCUCUGCCCGUGCCAGUCAUUGUUUCCAACUUCAGCCGGAUUUACCACCAGAACCAGCGAGCUGACAAGAGGAGAGCACAGAAGGUAAGUCAUCCUCGGCGAGCUCAGCUCCUGGGGGGGUCACCACGGGCUGGGGAGACACCAGGCAUGGUUCUGAGCACUCCCUGCACCUAAACCCACACCUGUUGGAUCCGAAAAAUCAGCC